AUGGGUCAUGACAGGGGCCGCCGGUUUAUCGGUCGCUAUCAAGCUUUUUCUAGAGUAAAGCUAGUGCAUGUUGUUGGCUGGGACGACCUCUUCAUUUUGCUGUCGCUGAUAUCCAGCAUCGUUGCCUCAUCAUUUGUACACUACGGGGUUGUAUUGGGAUUCGGUCAGCAUACAGCAGUGGUUGUCGCACAGUCCGGCAAUGAUCGGCUUUUCAAAAGCGCAAUGAUUCAGAUUUUAGGAUAUCCCGUAUUCAGCUUACCGAACAUAUCCAUCACGAUUCUCGUUUGCCAGAUUCUUUCCUCAAGUCCACGACAAACUAUAGCUCUAUACUCUAUGUCGAUUCUGCAAUUCUGUGCGUACACACCGUUCACGGAUGUGGUAUUGGCAGUGGUGCCGGCAUGCACAUUCUGGAAUCUGCAGAUGGCUUGGUCCACGAAGAUUGGCCUCAUCGCGAUGAUGAGUAUGGCCAUGCUGUCUGCGAUAGUCACCAUCGUCAAGGGGACGUAUUUGCCGUUGUUUAUGGGCACAACUGAUCCUCUUUGGAAGCCUGUACCGCUGGUGAUAUGGGACUUAGUAGAACAAAACAUCGUCAUUACGGCCGCCUGUAUUCCCACGAUGCGACCUUUCUUUAGCCGCACAUGGAGGUGUGGUUUUUCGACAAAGACAGGGGCUCGAUCCACGUCUCUAGCUCAAGAUCCAUCUACAUAUACAAAAAGAACAAGAAACCAACUCAAGUGCCGAACUGGGUCGAUCUCUGAUGUCGCCUUGACCCAAUUCGAAUCAUAUAGGGAUCGAUUUGACUAA